AGGCGGCCGCAAGAAGAAAAGGAUCUCACUCCAUGGCCCGGCUUUAUCUCUCUUUCUUUCUGUCCACCUCUUUCUCCAGCGCGCUUCCUUCCCCAUCUGAGACCACGGCGGACGGGCGGAGGCGAAUGCGACGGCAGCCUUCUUCCUGAUCUCUCAAGUUUGGUCGCUUGGUGCUGAGGCUGCGUUCACGGUCUUGGAUUUCGCGGCCGUUUUGAUCCCUCACGAGGCUGCUGGCACCGCCGUCCACAACACCAAUACAACUUCUACCCGUAAAAACCAGUUGAAUUGAUCCACAGAAACAUCCAGUAAAAUGGAGGCGACGGCCAUCAGCAUCGGCAAGUCUGUGUUGAGCGGGGCGCUCAACUACGCCCAGUCGGCCGUGGCCGAGGAGGUGGCUCUGCAGCUCGGUGUCCAGCAUGACCACUCCUUCAUCUCGGACGAGCUCGAGAUGAUGCAGUCAUUCCUGAUGGCUGCACACGACGAGAGAGACGACAAUAGGGUGGUCAGGACUUGGGUGAAACAAGUCCGUGACGUGUCCUACACCGUCGAGGACUGCCUCCUGGAUUUUGCUGUCCGUCUCGAGAAGCAAUCCUGGUGGUGUCUCUCUCGCAAGGUGCUGGCCCGCCGAUGUGUGGCGAUGCAGAUGAAGGAGCUCAGAGCCAAGGUGGAGGAGGUCAGCCAAAGGAGCCAACGGUACCACCUCAUCAAGGGCUCUAGCUCCAAGCCUACCUCUGCUGUUGGGCAGCCUAUCAUGUCCAGCGUGACGAUGUCUGCCGCCGAUGAUGCAAGGCUGCGGCGGCAGAAAGCAAAAAUAGAUCUUGUCGAGUUGAUCAAUUGCGAGGAUAGUGCACUUCAAGUGAUAGCGUUAUGGGGCACAACUAGCACUGAUCUGGGGGAGAUAUCCAUCAUCAAAACUGCUUAUGAAGAUCCCAUGAUACACAAGAAUUUUGAUUGCUGUGCUUGGAUCACAUUGAUGGGUCCUUUCAGUCAGACAGACUUCAUUCGAAGCAUUGCUAGGCAAAUCUGUGUUAACUCUCUUCAAGAGACAGGAGAAGAAGGGAAAACAACUAUUGGGGCCCAAGUUUUGAAGAUGAUGGCGACGACGAAAGAAGAUGGUUUGGCUUGUGAUUUCGAAAGAUAUUUGAAUGACAAGAGUUACCUAAUUGUACUCAAUGACAUACACAGCAUUGAACAGUGGGAUUGCAUUAAAACAUGUUUCCCAAACAACAACAAAGGAAGCCGAAUCAUAGUAUGCACUAAGCAAGUUGAAGUUGCAUGCUUAUGCAUAGGAGCAGAGGAUGAAGCUCUAGUGCAUAAGAAGUUAUUUGCUGAUCAGUCUCUUUAUGCUUUCUAUAGUAAGGUUUCUCAUGAGGGAAGAAAUUCAAUGGAAAAAGGCUCCAUCCCAUUUGUAGUCUCUACUGGUGUUAACAGCUCUAGACACAAGAACAUCCUCACUCGAACGGAGACAAUGGCUACUCUAGAGGAAUCUCGUCUCAUUGGAAGAGGGAAUGAAAAAGAGGAAAUCAUCAAACUAAUCUCAAAUAAAGAUCUCCAGCGAUUUCGUGUGAUCUCCUUGUGGGGCAUGGGUGGUAUUGGAAAAACAACACUAGUGAGAGAUAUCUAUCAAAGCCAAGAGAUUAGUAGCAUGUUUGAUAAGCGUGCUUGUGUCACAGUAAUGCGUCCUUUCAAUCCGGUAACACUCCUAGAGAGCUUAACUAUGCAAUUCGGAGAUAAGAAUGAGACAGAUCUAAGGAGAUGUUUAGAAGGAAGGAGAUAUUUGCUUGUUCUUGAUGAUCUUUGGUCCAGAGUAGAGUGGGAUGCUAUAAAACAAUAUUUGCCAGUUGGCAGCAAUCGUGUAAUAGUCACCACAAGGGAAGAGAAUAUUUCCAAGCACUGCUCAAAGGAUGAAAGAAACAUAUACAAGCUCAACCAUCUGGGUCUUGAUGAUGCAUGUACCCUCUUCACCAAAAAGGUAUUUAAGGAGACCGUAAAUUUGGAUGAGCAAUAUCCAGAGUUGGUUGAACAAGCAAAAUUGAUAUUGAAGAAGUGUAGAGGACUUCCCCUUGCACUAGUCACCAUAGGUGGCUUCUUGGCAAGCCAACCAAAAACUGCUUUUGAAUGGAGAAAAUUGAAUGAGCAUAUCAGUGCUGAGUUGGAGAUGAAUCCAGAACUUGAGCUCAUAAAAACAGUCCUUAUGAAAAGCUAUGAUGGUUUACCCUAUCACCUCAAGGCUUGUUUCUUGUAUCUGGCCAUCUUUCCUGAAGACCAGCAGAUUACACGGAGACGCUUAGUGCGGCGGUGGAUUGCAGAGGGUUACUCAAGUGAGGUGCGUGGCAAGUCUGUGGAGGAAGUAUUGGACUCUUACUUCAUGGAACUCAUAGGCAGGAGCAUGAUCCUGCCAUCUCGAAAGUCAAUUUGUAGUAGGAAAGGAAUUGACUCCUGCCAUGUCCAUGAUCUCAUUCGUGAAAUUGCCAUCUCAAAGGCUAUGGAGGAGAAUCUUGUUUUCACAUUGGAGGAAGGGUGCAACUUAAAUAACCAAGGCACAGUGCGUCAUCUUGCUGUAAGCAGUGAUUGGGAGGGAGAUCAGUGUGAGUUUGAGAAUAUAGUAGACUUGUCCCGUGUACGAUCGUUGACAGUGUUUGGAAACUGGAGGCCGUUUUACAUUUCUGAUAAGAUGAUGUUGUUACGAGUGCUGGAUUUGGAAGGCAAGUGGGAUCUAGUUGAUCAUCAUCUUGAGCACAUUGGGAAGCUUGUACAUCUUAGAUAUCUUUCUCUAAGGGGACAUGCAAAUAUAUUUCACCUGCCAAAUUCGUUGGGGAACCUGAGACAACUCCAUACACUAGAUAUUUCAGGUACAAGCAUAAUAAAGCUACCAAGGAUCAUCAUCAAGCUUGUGAAGAUGCAACACAUUCUUGCUAGCGAUAUAGGAAAGAGAAAUGACAAUAUAUUUGAUAAUCAGUAUGUGAAAUUUAUGAGUAGUUUGCCUGCACAAUCAGUGUGCUGUUGUGUGUCAUGUUGUGCACCUAAUUUGCUGGCAGAGGAGCUUGAGCUUCAUGAUGGUGCACAACUUAACAGGCGUGAUGUAUGCACCGCGUUCUGUUGCAGCAUAUUACCUUAUUUUGCGGCAGGAGGACGGGAUCCAGGUGGUGUUGUAGUGCCAAGAGGGAUUUGGAAACUGAAGGCCCUGCACACACUGCAUACCAUCGAUGUCUCAGUGGGAAAGCCUGUUCUAGAAGAUAUAAAAAGGCUCACCCGGUUGCGCAAGUUAGGAGUGACAGGCAUCAACAAGAGAAACGGUCGAGGGUUGUGUUCAGCAAUUACUCAUCUCAGCAGCCUGGAGUCACUGUCAUUGCGCUCACACCAAGAGACAGGCUUAUCAAGCUGCUUGGCUGGCCUUUCCUCACCUCCAGAAAAGCUGCAGAGCCUAAAGUUGAUAGGCAAGCUGGUUAAACUGCCGGAGUUGUUCCAGGGGCUCAAAUAUCUCGUGAAGCUGAAGCUAGAGGAGUCGAGGAUAUCGGUGCAUGAUGCGGCCAUACAAGUCCUUGGGAGUCUACCAAACCUGGCCACCCUACGUCUAUUGGACGACUCGUUCGUUGGUGGAGAGGCCCGUUUCAGUUUCUGUCGGGAGGCAUUCUCGAGUCUGAAGGUGCUGCAGCUGAAUAUGAUAUUAAACCUCGAGUCGGUGGGAUUUGAAGAAGGAGCAGCUCCUAAGCUUGAGUUGCUGCAGUAUUGGGGUAGGUACAGUUCCACCACUGCUGGGUUGUUCUGUGGGUUAGCAUAUCUCCCAAGCCUCAAGGAAUUUAUGCUGCAUAGUAGGCACUGGACGAAGACCGAGUUUGUCGAGGACUUGCGAGGCCAGCUCGCAAAGAAUGAAAACAAGCCCGUUCUGAAGAGUUGGUAGUAGCUAUCUGUAUUCAACUCCCUUUUCGUCUAUCUUAUAUAAUCUUCAUGUAUGUAUAUUAGUAGGUCCCUCCCUUUGUGUUGUAAGUGGUGUUGCCAUGGAUUGAGUUGAUGAUGUAAGCUGCUACUCGCUUUGGGUGUGUGUGCGCGUGUUUGCACGGUGGUACGGUAGCAGAUGGCAUU